CACCUCGCUCACCAUGUUCGCUGCCCGUCUCGCCCGCGCCCCCGCCCUCGCGCCCCGCGGCGCGCGCCUCGCGUCGUCGCUGCCGAUCCCGCCCAAGAUCGCCACGCCCGCCAUGGUCUCGUCCGGCGGCUCGAGUGCGCGCAUGGACGCCGUCGUCGGCUUCUACAAGGCGCUGCCCAAGGGCGAGGCGCCCGCCAAGCGCGGCGGCGGCAUCAAGGCGCGCUUCUUCGACGGCAAGAACGCCAGCUCCAAGCCCAUCGUCGCCUACAUUGCCUUCAUGCUGCUGUUCGGCUACACGAUCGACUACAACAUGCACCUGAAGCACCACAAGAACAACGCUCACUAAAUGUGCAUGGUGGCUGGGAGGAAGGUGUGGCAUGUGCAGAUUUCUGCUCGCCACUCUUCGAUCCGGACCUUCGGCUCGCCGCCCU